AUUCAUUCGUAUGCAUCAUGAGUGGCUAAAUAUCUAGAUUUAGGUUUCACAAGACCUCUGAUAAUUUAUAUACUGAGUUUGCUAUAUAUCUAGAUUUAGGUUUUCGAGUGGCUAAAUAUUGUUGGUUUCCAUAUACGUUGCUACAGGUCCAGGUUACAUUAGGUUAGUACAGUUGCUAAUUCCCAAGGACUUUGCAUAUAUAUAUAUAUAUAUAUAUAUAUAUAUAUAUAUAUAUAUAUAUAUAUAUAUAUAUGAAAAAAUGUUGUCACUCUCGAAAUCCACGGAGACUCCUCCGGCGUCUCCGGCCAAAGCUUCCGGCACUCGUUCCAAGCUGUUCUCCGAUCUCUUCAAGACGGAUGGGGCCGUCAUCAUUGAUAGACCGCCGGAGAAAACCAGUUUCAAAGGUUGUCCAUCCAUCUCCUUCUCUAGGGAAGACAUAGAGGUUUUCUCCCGUCGGUUCAGAUUUGCCCUCAUCGGUAGAUUCAGACGUCGCCCUCCACUCUCGGUCGUGAGGAAUUUUCUUACCCGACUGGGGCUUGUUGGUGGUUUUACGGUUGGAGAACUCAACUCUAACGCUGUUCUUAUCAACUUUGAGCAUGAUGAAGAUUAUCAACGCUUUUUCCUCCGGAAAACCUGGACGCUUGGAAGGGAUAUCAUGACAGUGACUAAAUGGUCGCCAAAUUUACGUCUAGAGGAGGACUCCCCUAUUGUUCCGGUCUGGAUCACUAUACCCAAUCUUCCUAUUCAUUUACAUGAUCAGAAGGCUCUCUUUUGUAUUACCUCCACGCUAGGUAAACCCUUGAAAGUUGAUAACGCCACCCUCACCUUCGCUAGACCCAAAGCUGCUAGGGUUUGCAUUGAAGUGGAUGUCUCAAAGACACUACAUCAGCGUAUUCAUGUUAAGCACGUUGAUGAAGAUCUCUUAUUUCAAGUUCUCUAUGAGGAUCCCCCAUCUUUUUGCUCUUCCUGCCAUCGUUUGGGUCACACCCCUAAUUCAUGCAAACCGGAAAAGCUUCUGGAAAGGGAGGUGGUGGAUGCUGUUCCUCCCAUGAAGGAUAAGGGCAAAGGGGUUUCGAAUGAUUGGACCACUGUGCAUCGUAAGGGCAAGCCUCCAAAAUCAAAAGUUACGUGGGUUCAAAAGCCCUCCAUGCCACAAGUCAAACCAUGCAUGCCAUGCCAUGAGGAAUCUUCUAAGGCUGGUGCUAGGCGUAGGCCGGAGGUUCAUUUCAUCGGGUCAAAAGAGGUGAUUUUUCUAGACAAUAAUGGCCUUGCCUAUUCCUCUUUUGAUCCUACUAAUCCUGUACUUGAGCCCACCUCCAGUCAGAACGUCUCUCUUGAUUUGGGCACUAACCUCGCCUUUAAGCUUGGGUUGAAUGGUUUUCUUUCUGUUGCUAAUAAUAAAAUUUGGUUCCUUUGGGACCAAUCCAAAUUUGAGGUUCUUGAUGUGUUAGACCAUGGUCAGAUUACACACUUCAAAUUGAGGGAUGUUCUGAAUAAUUUCAGCUUCACUAUUAGUGGUAUUUAUGGUAGUCACUCUACUGCUGAAAGGAAAGCUCUUUGGAAUCAUAUUGAAGCCUUUAACAAUAGCUCUCUGCUUCCCUGGUGUCUUGGGGGAGAUUUUAAUACAAUAUCAGAUCUCCUUCACCAUAAAGGAGCUAGGCUUCCAGAUCUUGAAGCUAUUGAUGAUUUUAGUAGCUACAUUUCAAACUGUAACCUCCUUGAUUGUAAUUUCAGUGGACCUUCCUUUACAUGGCAUGGCGUUCGUAGUAAUGGUAAUGUUUGGAGACGCCUUGAUAGGGUUUUCUUUAAUGCUGGUUGGGCAGAUCACUGGGACAACAUGUACAUGCAUCACCUUGCCAAAGGAGGAAGUGAUCACUGUCCCAUUCUCUUCAGCUCCAAGCUUGUGGUCAAGGACAUUCCUAAAUCCUUUAGAUUUCAGAAUAUGUGGCUUUUAAGGGAGGACUUUAUACAAUUUUGCAAGGACAGUUGGGAGGAAAUUCCUGUCUUUGGUGGAAUGAGAUGUUUGUUCAAUAAACUCCAACACCUCAAAGCCAAACUCUCAUCUUGGAAUAAGGAUCAGUUUGGCAAUGUUUUUGAUAAGGUCAAAGAAGCAGAAGAGGAAGCAUCCAAAGCAGAAAUCCUCUUUGAAGAGAAUCCCUCUUCUGAAAAUAAAAUCCUCCUUAACCAAAGGAAAGCACACCUUGCAGAGAUGACCAACAUGGAAUUUAUUUUUUGGAAACAGAAAUGCAAUCUUAAAUGGCUUCAAGAGGGAGAUGCUAAUACUAGAUUUUUCCAUAACUUGGUUAAAAAUAGAAGGAGGCAUCAACAGAUUAAUUGGCUGCUUAAUGAUGAGGGUAAAAUCAUUGACAAGCCUGAUGAGAUGGAAAAGCUUGUUGUUCAUCAUUAUACCACCUUACUGAAUCAGGCAGAACCAUCUGCUUCUCCUGAUCUCUAUGAACAAUUCCUUGAUGCCAUCCCUUCCUUGGUUGAUCAAACGCAUAAUGAUUACCUUAUGUGUCUACCUACUGAAGAGGAGAUCAAACUUAUCAUUUGGGAAAUGGAUCCUAAUUCAGCAGCUGGCCAGAUGACCAUUAACUAUGGUAAAAGCAGUUUCAUGUCUGGCUCCAAAUUUAAUUCCCUUACAAUCACCAAACUUGAGAAACUAUUGAUGAUGCCUCAUAAAGGUUUUCCUUUCACUUAUCUUGGAGUGCCUAUUGAUUUGGGGAUUACCAAGAAGAGUCACUGCUCUUUCCUUAUCCAAUCCUUUGACAACAAGCUUAAUGGAUGGUUUCAAAAGAAUUUGGAUCAAGCUGGACGUUUGGUGUUGAUCAAGCAUGUUUUAAACACCAUUCCAAAUUACUUCUUAGCUGCCAACACCAUCCCUAAAGCCAUCUCUCAUCUGCUUGAGCAAAAAAUGGCUAGAUUCUGGUGGGGUGGUGGCACUAGCAAACAUCACUGGAUUUGUUGGGAGAAGUUGUGCUAUCCUAAGGAAGAGGGAGGCCUUGGAAUUAGAGACCUCAAUAGCCUAGAGAAUGCUUUCAGUCUUAAACUUUGGUGGAAAUUUUAUCAAGACAAUGGGCUAUGGGCUAAGCUUAUGAGGGCUAAAUACUGGAGAAAUGGAGACAUCUUUGAGACUCUCACAGAUUCUCCUAUUUGGAAGAGGAUUUCUAGGGCUGAUGAAACUGCGUCCAAUGCUUGUUCCUUCAAUGAAGAUGGGUCUGGUCUCCAGAGGCCAAUGGAUUAUUUUCCCUCAAAUCUGCUUUUGAUCUCUGCAGACCUAAAAUCUCCAAAGAUUAGGCUUCCAGCUGCCCUCUAUCUGCCCUUUCUCUCUUCGUCCUCCAUUAACCAACAUUUCAUGAGUUGGUGGCUGAGAGGUAACAACAACAACAUUCAUGGUUUUUUGCGUUUGCAUCUCCCUGGGAUCAUUUGUUGGCACAUUUGGAAAGAACUGAAUGAUCUCCUUUAUGAAAACAAAUCUGCACUCAACCUUCGAUCACUCGUUGAGUCUAUCUCCAUGUUUGUGAGACAAUGGCUCCUCGCAAAAACCCCUAAAAGGCUCUGGACUACUGAUCCGUGGCUUGCUGCAAAACGGUUGCUGCCUUCUUUCCCUAAGGCUCCUAAAGUACGCGUUGUCAAAUGGUUAGCUCCUCCAAAGGGACGUCUUAAAAUCAAUAUUGAUGCAUCUUUCACUCCCAUGUCCAAGAGAGGUGCAGCUAUUUUGCGUGAUGACGAGGGUAGAUUUGUGCGUGCAGCUUCGUUCCUCAUUUCAGGUUCCACCCCUUACCAAGCUGAACUGGAUGCAGCAAUCAAAGGAAUUCAAUGGGCACUUUCGUUUCAUCCCUUGCUUGUUUAUGAAACGGAUGCCCUGGGAAUUUUAAGGAGACUUGGCCAUUACACUCAUUACGCUUUCUCUCCUUUCCCGAUUGACUUUCUGGCCAAACUAAUUUUUGAGAAUGAUAUAUUGAAAUCACAUACUCUUCGGGAGGGAUUUAUUGGCUUUGUGCUGGCAGGUGGGAGAUUCAAGUUCAAUGCACGAAGAUUCUCAAGGAUUGGGUUCCUCACUUGUUCCUCUGUAGGAGCAACAACCUGUACCAUAGGAAUAGGAUGGAUUAAAGAGGCAGGCAUGUAGAUUAUGCAAAUUGUAAGGAAGAUGAUGUAAAUAUUAAAUCCUUAGAUGUUAAUAAUAUUUUAAAUGUAUGAACUUUUGUUCAAUAUAUUGUAUUUUUUGAAUUUAUAUUUAUUUGGUAAUCAACACAAGAUAACAGAUGUCUAAUAAAAAAUUCAACUACCAUUCAAACUAAUAGUUUGAAAAGUAUAUGUACAACUACACAAAUGCGUAGUGUUAAUAACAUUUAGACAAUCAA